AUGAAGACUGUUCUCGCCGCCGCUAUUGCGUUGGCCGUCGGUGGCAAUGCCGCACCCGCGCCUCAGAUUACCGAGUCGCCACUAGCAGGGCCAGAGCCUCCUGUGCGAAGCUCUGUCUUCGAUGGGCCGACUGCGCACGGCGCGUUCAGCGGUGAAGCUACCACCACCGGAGCAUUGAGCAAGCCAGCGCUCGCCCCAUCCAUUGCGCCAUUACCGCCUCUGCCAGUCACUUACACCAAUAACAAUGGCGAAUUGCAAGCACCGGUGAUGCCCGUGCCAUAUCAGCCAGCCGGUGGCAUCGGAACCAAUGGCACUGAGCCGUACUAUCACCCUCUUAGCGAUUUCGACUACGAGAGCUUCGUGGUUGCUCUGUACCAGGAAUGGAUUGAGCUCGAUUUGUUCCAUGACGGUCUCGCAAAGUUCUCCGAGCAAGACUUCACAGACGCUGGUCUGACUGCGGAAGACCGGUCGUUGAUCGAGUUCAUGGCUAACCAGGAGGUGGGCCACGCGACUCUCUUGUCGAACAUCCUUGGGCCUGCCGCGCCGCCGCAGUGCACAUACAAUUAUCCCUAUACUACCGUACGCGAAUUCCUGGAUUUCUGCCAGAAGCUCACCAGAUUUGGCGAGAGCGGCGUCUACGGCUUCUUGGGACACCUCGACUCCCAGGCAGCAGCAACUUUGUUGUUGCAGUCGAUCUCCACAGAAGCCCGCCAACAGAUGAUCUUCCGCCAGUUUGACGGUCUACACCCUAUGCCGGUCUGGUUUGAGGUUGGCAUCCCUCAAAGCUGGGCAUGGACAUUGUUAGCACCAUACAUUAGCUCCUGCCCGGCGAAUACGACACGUGUGGCAUGGCAGAACUUCCCAGCCCUCACCGUCUUGAACCAGCCCAACCCGGCCAAGCUGAACCCCAAUCUCGGUCCUGACCAAGCUGCGACUGGCUCGAAUCCCUUGAACGCGACAACGCGCUCGCCUCUGGCUGAUGCGCCGCGAUAUGCCAUGUUCGUUAGCCAGCUGAACGCGACAUACGUACCGUUGGUCAACAUUACUGAGUCGGGUGCAUCUGCUGUGCAGCCAAACAUGUCAACGUUUGCUGGCGACCCGGCCGUCAACGGAACGAUCUUCAUCUCGAUCACGUCGCAGAACCCGUACCUCACGCCUUACAACUUGAGCAUGAUCAAUCCGUUCGUCUAUGCUGGUCCAGCUCUGUACCAGGCUGGCUAA